GUGUGUGAAUAAGCAGAAGAGAAGACCGAGAGGAGGAGGAGCGACCUACAAGCGAUACAAAGCGAUACAGGUCAAAAGACGAAGAAUUAGGAAAGAAAUUAAAUUGUAUGUAAACAAAGGAAAUUCAAGAAAACCGAGACCACGACAAGAGGAAACACAACACACCAAGAAAGUGUCGUUACAGAGGAAAAGGAAGACCGUCCCGUGGCUGAGACGCGUGCAGGCAGAGGCAAAGGUGCCAGAUCGUUUUCCUUAACCUUUCAUAUUUACCGAUUUCCGACCCCAAAACUGUCUCCUGCACCACAAUAACGAGAUUCAUUUAUAGUUAUCGUUACAAUUGUUAGUUCCUGGUGUGUUUUAGCAAUUGUUAGGGGUCAAAAAUCGAAAAAUACGAUGCUUUGAGUACGAUAAUCUGGUGGGCAGAGGCAGUGUUGUGGCCGCCAAGACAACAACAACAACGCCUCCGAAGAAUUAUUUUGGCCACAGUUCAAACACCCAAAACGCCUCGAGGUGCAACCCAUCGGUAUUUUUUUCGUCAGACACUCGCCAUCUCACCUGUCCACACCUGCCGCCAAACGCUGUGUCCUUAGCUUCCCAAGGGGUCCAGGGAGGGAGGAGGGAGUCUACACACACUGCCCACACGCCAGGACACCCUCCCCACCAGACAGGAUGGAUUAUGAUUCUGACGACAAUGAAAUGCUUGAGUCAGGAGUGGUGGAUGUGGGAGAGAAGGGAGGACUCUCAUCAUGUGGAUACUGUGGAAAGCUACGGAACCUGAACUCUGUGGAGCUCAUGUGUUGGCAGUGUGGCUCUUGGUUCCAUGAGUCCUGUAUCAGUUACCAGCUUGGCAAGUUGGUGCCCUUCAUGCUCAACUACUCCUUCACCUGCAAGAACUGUUCACCAACGAGCAUUGAGCUCUUCCGCAAGACUCAGGCCCAGCUGCGAGACAUGUGCAUCACCGCCCUGGCCAACCUCCAACACAGCAGCCAGAAGGACAACCGGGCCGGCUCCACCAUGUUCAGUCUGCAGCGUGAUGUCAUCCCCUUCCUGGAGCAGAACUGGGAGGCACUGACCACUGCUGCUCGGCGCUCCACACAGUCCUGGCACACCACGCUGCAGAGAAUACUGAUGAAGGAAGUGGACGCAUACUUCAGCGUGGAGGAGACUGGGGAGAGCGGGGAGCCGACGCAGCACCACCCAUACUUUGGCCUCAUCACCACCGACCUCACCCUCAUCCGGCCUCUCGUGGACGCCCCUGGUGGGUGGCGGUCACCCCUCGCCGGCUCCUCCCAGCACCAGCAGUCCGGGAAGGGCCGGGGAGCCAAGAGGAAGGUCCCUGACACCACCGCCGGGAACAAGAAGGCCCGAGGGGACAUGCCGGCCCCAAAGCUGCACGGCUACCCCGUGGACCAUCCCUUCAACAAAGAUGGCUACAGGUACAUCUUGGCCGAGCCCGACCCGCACGCCCCCUUCAGGCAGGAAUUUGAUGACAGCAAUGACUGGGCCGGCAAGCCAAUCCCCGGGUGGCUGUACCGUGCACUCAGCCCGGGCGCUGUGCUGCUGGCCCUGCACGACAGAGCCCCACAGCUGCGCACUGCUGAUGACCGCCUGGCUGUCACAGGGGACAAGGGAUAUUGCCUCAUACGAGCCACUCACAGUGUGAGCCGUGGCGCCUGGUACUGGGAGUGCACCAUCGACGACCAGCCCGAGGGGUCACACACACGCAUCGGAUGGUGUCAGCAGCUGGCCAACCUGCAGGCCCCCCUCGGCUAUGACAAGUUUGGCUACUCAUGGAGGUCAAGGAAGGGUACGGUUUUCCAUGAGUCCCGGGGGAAGCAUUACUUUGACGGCAGCUUCGGCGAGGGUGACGUGCUCGGCAUCAUGAUAGACCUCCCAGAGAAGAACCCUGUGUCCCAGUUUCCGCCCACCUACAAAGACAAGCCCCUUGUGAAGUUCCGGUCUCACCUGUACUAUGAGGACAAAGAUGACGUGCCGGAGUCCCUCAAGAAUCUGAAGCCUCUCCCCAGCAGCAAAAUAACCUUCUUUAAAAAUGGCAAAUGCUGUGGGGUAGCUUUCCAGGAGAUCUAUGGGGGCAGCUACUACCCUGCUGUGUCCCUCUACCGCAACAUUACUGUUUCCGUGAACUUUGGGCCUGACUUCAAACACCCACCCACCACACAUGACUACAGAGGGAUGCAUGAGCGGUGUGCGGAGUCCAUGGUAGAGAGGACUCUGGCGGACAUGACCUACCUGGUGGAGAAUGAGGGCAAGCUGAGGCUGGACGUCUUCACCUGAGCCUUGGGAGGGAAGCUGGACACGACUCGCAGUGAAUAAUAAUUGAUGGCUGUGUUCUCCUUCUCUUUUAAUUAAUUCUGCAAGUGGAUUUUAGUGUACCAUUAUGUUUUUUCAUAUUUUGUUGUUAUUAAAUUUGAUGUCUACUCAGGCUGUCCAUUUUUUA